AAUCUCUUAUCUUCCUUUUUCGAAACCACUCUCUUAUUACCACUUCACACGAAACCUUCCUCUUUCUGCCUGAACCUUUAAUGGCCUCUUCUCUUGGUCUCCCAAGCCACGCUGUGGCUUCUCUACUCCCUUCUCACACUUGCAAGAUCCACUCCUCUGUUCCUAAAUGUGUCUUAAUUUUCUCAACAUCUUCAAAGUCACAGUUUUGCGGCUUUAAGUUCUCUCACUCUUCAUCUCCUUUGAUCCCUUGUUUUUCCUCCUUUAAAACUCCCAUUUCUGCUCAGGUGAAUAAAGGUUCAGUGCCUCCAUCAUUCACGUUGAAAGAUCAAGAUGGGAAAAGUGUGAGCCUUUCCAAGUUUAAAGGGACGCCUUUGGUUGUCUAUUUCUACCCUGCUGAUGAAUCCCCUAGCUGCACCAAGCAGGCGUGUGCUUUCAGGGAUUCCUAUGAAAAGUUUAAGAAAGCAGGAGCUGAAGUUAUUGGAAUAAGUGUUGAUAGCUCAGCAUCACACAAGGCAUUUUCCCAGAAAUACAGACUUCCAUUUACAUUGCUGAGUGAUGAGGGCAACAAGGUGAGGAAACAGUGGGGAGUGCCAGCUGAUCUAUUUGGAGUAUUGCCUGGAAGACAGACCUAUGUUCUUGACAAAAACGGGGUGGUUCAACUCAUUUACAACAAUCAGUUUCAGCCCGAGAAACAUAUCGAUGAAACCUUAAAAAUACUUAAGAGACUGUAAAAUCCUCUGUUUACUGUUCCUUCUUUUUGUUCUUUCCUCCAUCUGGUACUUGCAUAUGUGUUGUUGGUGUUAGACAAGUGUUCUUUUGUAUGAUUCAAAGUUUUUCUUGCUA